GCAAGUGGCGACUCCUUCUCAAGUGCGUCCGUCGCGCGCCCCCAGGAAGGUGGACACUUCCAAGCCGCGUUUGCUUAGGCGCGCGCAUGCGUGCCCUGACGAGAUGAAAUUCGGGUGCGCACAAAGAGAGCACUUAAUUUUGACCAACAGCUCAAUCAGGAAAUGAUCGAUGAUGAUGAGCACACUUUGAGUGGGUUGGAGUUCGAUGAUGGAGAUGAUUGGAACAUGAUCCAAUUCGACACAAAUUGGUAGACUUGGAUGUUGCAAUGCUGAUUCUCCCAGCCACAUUCAUGGAAAAAGAAUCUAUUCCUCGGAUCAAUGAAGUGCUGCAAGCUGAGGUCAUGCCCACUAGCACUAUGGCCAAGCUCAACCGCAUCGAUGAAGAUCUAAUGAAGACGGGGGUGACGAUUUCGGACUUUAAAGGUGCCAUGACUAGCACUCGGGGGGUUCUCUCGGUCGACAUUCAAGUAGGUUCAAGGUUAUCACCUCGGCAUUCUUCAUUGUGGAUGUCUCAGAAGAGCUCCCCAGGUCAUUCUUGCCAAGCCGAAGUCAUUCUCCAUCAACUCUCUUGUUCUGAAAGCUGGAUUACUACGAUGAAGAUGUCGGCCUUAUUCGUUUUAAGGGUCACGAUGUAUAUGAGAGGUCAAUCGAAGUUACGGCCAUCAAACAAUUCGACCCUUAUCAACUAUUGGUUUGCCUCAGCCCACGUUGCUAGUUGCACCCUGGUCAAGGACUACACCGAUCAUCGAAAAGAUAUAAUGAAUACACCAACUCAAGGAGCCAAGAUGGUGGCCGAAGCCACAGCCAUAGUACAAUGUCUCUUGAACUUCUACGCGAAAGAAGCUAGAGAGAUGAAAGUUCGAGCACGCAACCGAAAAUUAAGUGGGAAAGGCCGUUUGUUGUUCACGAGGUUCUACUCAAGGGGAGUAGUUCACACAUGGUCUAUCCAUGCUUAAGUCACAAUUUCAGUGGAAGGGAGUACCAUGUAUGACCAAAGAAACAUUUCAAGCAACAAAUAUAGUUAAAAGGAGUAGGUUGGGCAAAAUGGUGCAUGGAACUAAGGAUUUCCCAUCCCAUAUUCUCAAUAAUCUUCCAACCAGCCAGCUAGUGGUAUAAAUGCUUAGUGGAGUGGGAGGAGUUUGAUGGGCUUGGAAGGGCAUUUUGUUCAUUUUGUUAUGACAGUUUACUCUGUUAUAUAUGACUUGGUGAUCAUUUGGGAAAAAAGGCAGUAGGGGCCUCAGUGAUUACAAUGACAUUUUGGAGGAUUUUUGGUGGAUUUGAUUAGAUAUAGUACAUAUGCAUUAAGGUCACUUUGUUAGCUACACAUGCCUUGUCAUGUACUGAGAUUAGGUGAUGGUUAGUUAUAUUCCUUGGCAUGUAUUGAAAGGAUAAUUUGCA